GCGAGGGGCGCAGUCUGCAGUUCUGAGGCACAAGUGGGAGCGAGAGGGGACGGGUUGGGCUCAAGAAGGGAGGAAAGAAGAAGCAGGGGUUCGGCCUUCCCUUUCCCCGCCCCCUCCAGUCCCUUCAGAUAUUCCUUGAGGUGGCGGCCGGUUUGGUGUUUCUUCUGGACCCUUGCUCGGACUCUUUGCCCAACUCGGCCGCCUCUUUCCCCCUCAUUUCUCGGGAUGCGGGCCACGGGCGACGGGCCUUCGAGGGCUUCCGAGGCGGGGAAGAAGAAGAAGCAGCCCCAAGCGCAGCCGCCCGGCGAAGGCGACGCCCGCUUCAGCGUCCUCAGCUGGGAGCAGGUGCAGCGCCUGGACCACAUCCUCGAGGAGGCCGUGCCUGUCCACGGCCGGGGAAACUUCCCCACGCUCUCCGUCCCGCCCAGGAGGGUCGUCCAGGUGGUCCGCAGCCGUCUGGAAAAACAUGGCAUCACAGUCCACAAUGUGAGGUUGAAUGGCUCAGCAGCAAGCUACGUGCUGCAUCAGGACAGUGGUCUGGGCUAUAAAGACCUGGAUCUCAUCUUUGGAGUUGACCUAAAAAGUGAGGAUGUCUUCCAACUGGUGAAAGAUGUUGUGAUGGACUGUCUCUUGGACUUCCUCCCAGAAGGGGUAAACAAAGAUAAGAUCACUCCCAUGACUCUGAAGGAGGCCUAUGUGCAGAAACUAGUGAAAGUGUGCAAUGAAACAGAUCGCUGGAGCCUUAUAUCACUGUCAAACAACAGCGGGAAGAAUGUGGAACUCAAAUUUGUAGACUCUCUCCGACGUCAGUUUGAGUUCAGCGUGGAUUCCUUCCAGAUAAUAUUGGACUCACUGUUGCUUUUUGGGGAGUGUUCUGAAAACCCAAUGUCUGCAAACUUCCACCCAACUGUCACUGGGGAGAGCAUGUAUGGGGACUUUGAGGAGGCGAUGGACCACCUGAGGAACCGAAUCAUUGCCACUAGGAAUCCAGAAGAAAUCAGAGGAGGGGGACUUCUGAAGUACUGCAACCUUCUCGUGAGAGGAUUUAAGCCCAAAUCUGAAGUUGACAUGAAGGCACUACAGCGAUACAUGUGUUCCAGGUUUUUUAUUGACUUUCCUGACAUAGGGGAGCAGCAGAGGAAGCUAGAGUCUUACCUCCAGAGCCACUUUGUUGGAAUGGAGAGUAAAAGGUAUGAUUGCCUGAUGACCCUUCACAGAGUGGUGAAUGAAAGUACAGUGUGCCUGAUGGGACAUGAAAGGAGGCAGACGUUAAACCUCAUUGCCAUGUUGGCUGUGAGGGUCCUGGCUGAGCAGAACAUAAUCCCAACGGUCACAAAUGUCACGUGCUAUUAUCAGCCAGCACCGUAUGUCAGUGAAAUCAAUGUCAACUACUAUGUCACCCACAUGCAGCCUCUCCUGCCUUGCAGUCACUCCUACCCAACCUGGCUCCCCUGCAACUGAGCACUGAAGUGGUGCCAGUCUUUGUCACUUGGGGAGCAGAGGUUGUGUGCUCUGAAGAAAAAAAAUGGUCCUCUUGCUCCUUCAUUGGAACUAAGUCUGCUGUAUAUUGUGGGGCAAUUGUGCAGUGUUAUGAGUAGCUAUCAGAAAUGUUUACAAUUAAAAAAUGCUUGAGUUAUGUAUGGGGUGGGUGGAUAGGAUUAGAUUUAAAGGUAGAGCUGCACUACCUGAAAUGCAAGCUGAUUUUUUUCUCCUUUUAGUACAAGAAGCAUUAAUGGUUGUGCAGACUCAGUUUCAGAAGAUACGCCAAAGCGGCUGAUUCCUUUUAAGGGACCAAAGAAAUCCUAUUCAAGUGCCUGUUAACCUUUGAUUUUUUUUUCUGUAGGGAAGAGAGUUCCCUAUUAGUGGUUCAAUUGGAUAUGUCUACAAUUAAUUUUGGGGGAUAGGGUCACUGAAUCAUUUCUCGAAAAGAAAAAGGGCAUGGGCAAGGGUUUGCAAGAGCAGCCACUGCACCAUGAUUUUCUAUCUGAUGGACCAGCAGUAUUGAUUAAUAGUUAGAGCAGAGCCAAGAAUAAAGGGGUCUGGGUCCAUACUAGCAUUUGGAGAAAUUAUAUUUUCGGACUACAACUCCCAGACAACCCCCCACCCCAGGCCAGCAUGGCUAUUGGCCCUGUUCACUUUGGGAACCUGGAAGUUGUAGUCAAAGCUGUGGUUCAUAAUAGUGAUAUUUUGACAGGAUGGAUGUUGCACCUUAUUGUGAGAAAGAAAAGGAACCGGGACCUGUCCCCAGAAUACUACUCAAAUAAAUGUGCAGUGCCAAAAACCUAAGAGGUGAAUUUGUGAAGAAAAGGAUUUGCAUCAGUGCACUCUUUCGAUUGGAAGAGGGCAGUAAGGAGAGUUUGUUGUAAUAUGAAAUAGUGUCGACCAACUAGCAGCAGGCUAAAAUGAACUGGACCUGAAACAUGGCCAGAUGUGGACAGUCCAGUGCAUUCUUGGUCGCAGCCAUAGAGCUGUGAUUGCAAGAAUCCCAGCCCUCUUAAUGGAAACCAUUGCAGCCUCUCUAGAAUGAUCUUCAGUCUUGAGAGCUGCUCAUCUGUUCUUAUCAGUUGCCUGUGCCCACCUGCUCCUCUCCAUGUCAGAAUAAGAAUUGAUAUUAUUGCCUAACUUUAGGCCUUUUGUUAAAUGAAUGAUGUGCCCUAAAGUUUGGUCUUUCCUAGAGAGAGAGCUGUUUAAAGCCAGUUAUCUGUGUCCAGAAGACUAUUAGUGUCUUGUACAAACACAUAUGCUUUUGAAGUAAUUAUACAGCACAAUACUCCCUUUUUCUUUUCCUGAUGUUUUGGAUUGCAUCGCAAUUCUUUGUAUAAUGUGUCAGUUCAGGUUAGUUCUUUAUGCUUUUUUUUAGAAAGCUGAGGCAAUGAACACUGUAGCUUUUGGGCAGGCCUGCUCUUGAAAGGGCUAUAUGAAGAAUGGCUUCAUGGUUGUAUCCUUGAAGGUCAACGUACUUAUCUUGUUCCUUUGCAAUAAAACUGUACCGUAUUGGGGCAGGCUGAAAAAAAAACUGAAAUAAAAUAUCAUACUUGGAUUGUGUCUAGGUAAAAUUCUGCCUCUUCCUGGGAAAUGUGAGCUGGAUUGGCAAGACCAAACCCAUAUUACAUAUUCUGCCAUACUGACAAAUAUCUGCUCCUCCUUUUGCCCACUUUCACAACUCCUACAAGCUACAAAGGGGCAGCUAUCCACUUUUAAAGAAGUCUCAUACUAUGUAAGCAGGGAGUUAUCUUGGUUGUUUAGAUCCUUCCUUUGUAUGUCACUGAUUUCUUCCAUGUUCCAAGAGAAAUGUGGUGGCGUUGCCUGAUGUAGAGCGACUUAAGAUUUUCUUUUUCACACACUGAAAGGGUUUCUUUUACACUUAUCUUCUUAGGCAGCCUCUCAAUGUUUCACAUAUAAAAGGGCAGAACUGGGUUUUCACUAAAGUAAUAAAACUGAUUAGCAGCAUUUUUGGCUGAAUUACGGCCAGGAUAAAUAAUAGAACUGCUUCUUUAAAAUGAUAGAUACUGUGGGUUUUGUUUUUUUUAAAGCUUCCCCUAUAACUAAGGGCUUGCUGGAGGAAUUUUUAAAAAAUGCACUUUUGUGGCAUGGGAAGGGUGUGUAUAUGUGUGUGUAGUUAAACUCUUACAAAUGGAGGCUGCAUCAGAUAUAUGCUGUGAUUGUAUGUGUGUGGAUACCCUGAGGUUUAGAAAAGUAUGACACUUUGAAUGGGACUUCCCGACUUAUGUUUGAACGUGUUCUGCAGCUGUCAAAACUUGUCAUGCACUAGGCCUGACAUGAGACUUGCUAGAUUCUUUAGAAUCUGUCACCAUAAAUAAAUACAAUGUAUUGAACUCUG